CCGUGCAUCUGAGCCACGUCCUGCUCUCCGCCGCUGUGCACCCGCGCCAGGCCCUGCUGUCCGCCGUCGCCGUGCAUCCCAGCCAGGCCCUGCCCUCAGCCGCUCUGCGUCCGCGCCUGGCCCCGCUGUCCGCCGCCCUGCGUCCGCGCCAGGCCCUGCUCUCCGCCGUUGCAGUGCUUCCACGCCAGGCCCUGCCGUCCGCCGCCCUGCUUCUGAGUCAGGCCCUGCCCUCCGCAGCCGCGCAUCCGGGCCAGGCCCUGCCCUCCAAAGCCGCGCAUCCGGACCAGGCCCUGCCCUCCGCAGCAGCAGCACGACUCCAGGCUUUGUCCCUCGGCGCCGCGCCCCGCAGAGAAGAUCAGCCCCUAGCAGCCGCCCCUCGCUGCCUGGGCCUGUUGGCCAGAGUCCUCCUCCUUCCCCUGGGUUUGCCUUUCGAAGGCUUGUCCACCGGAGCAGCUCAAGCUCUCCUGAUCCUGAGGUCCCAAGCCUUGCUGCCCAGCCCCGUUGGCGUGCAGUCCGAAUGCGCGCCUCCUCACCCUCACCUCCUGGUAGGUUCUUUCCUUUACGUGCGCAGUGUGGUGAGAGCUUCUCCUCUUCCUCUUCCUCCUCCUGCUCCCCCCCCUCCUCCCCCCCUUUCCCCGGGUCUCCUGGUCAGAGCCCCUCCUCCUCCCCCACUAAUUUUUCUGGCCAGAGCUCCUCGUCCUCCUGCCCUAAGUUUUGUGGCCUGGCCUCCAUCUCCACCCCUAGCCCUGAUAGCCUCAGGCGCGCCCUGCUGCCGCAGCUGGAUGCCCUGAGCCCUGUCUCUCCAGGAGAGCAGGCUGAAAUAGGGAGCACGCCUCGCCCCCCCACACCUCCUGUGCUGUGACCCUCCAUGAGCAUCCUCAUAAGACCCACGAAAGGAAUCAACGUCCACCCACUGCCCUGAAUGGGCUGCCUGCUCCGCAGUUACCUGUGAGGUUUCCAAGAGUUCUGUGAGCCCGCAACCAAUGUCAGGAGCAGUUUUAAAGCUGUUUGGAGAGGCAGUUUUGAAGCCUCUCUUCCCCAUAAGCUAGCACUUACCUGCCGUUGGCCCUUGAUUCCAGGCCCCCUUCUCCCUCAAAAAGGCCUGCCUUUG